GCUUGUGAGUUCCCCGCAACCUCGAUCUCUGCUUACAGGCCUCGGCUACUUGCCGUCGUCUUCAAGUAAUGCACAUGUCCUCUGAGGUAAAAAUUUGCCCCUCUCUUGAAAUUGGUCGCUCGAUUUCCGAUUCUUGAUUUCUUCCUCGGGGAAGCAGAAUAUCCGAAUUCGACAUGUCACAGUGCGCCAAUUACACAAAGCCACGCAGAUCCACUCGUGAGUAUAGCAUACCCACUCCAGGACACUUUGCGUAAAAGCAAUACGCGUACAGCACAGCACCUUUCGACUUGGAAGGGACUCCGCUAGCUCUGGUACGUACGGCACAUGUCUACAACAGCGGAUUCCCCUACAUGCCUGUCAGACGGUUCUGGUGGGCAACCCGUACGAUGUUUCGGUCACCAGCAACCCGAAAUCUGUCGGAUUCAGCAUAGAUGACGGUACUGGUCGCAUCAAAGUCUACGUGCAGGGUCCCGAUGAGAUGCGACACAUGCUGCAAGUAUCACUCGGGUCUACUCCGUCAUUCCCCAAGGGUCUUAUCAGGGUAUAGGGAGACAUCUCCGUACGUUCGUGUGGUAGGGGAUGUCGCGGCCUGGCAGGGGAUAAAGAUUGUGCAGGCCCGGAACGUGUUUCGGUGCGAGAGCCCAUAUGAGAUCUUCGAACAUCUCUUGCGCACAAUACAAGAGACGAUCUUGUGUGCUCAGGCGCUCUCGCCUGGCGAGAACUCGAAUAUCAUACCUCCGCCCAUGAAAGAUCUGACAGUACCCCCAGAAGAGGAGAUAUUCGAUCAGGAGUAUCAAGAGGACGUUGAGAGUCCUUUGGAAUAUAUCGAGCGUCCGAUCACUCCGCCGCGAGUUCCCCAGACGGCGAGUGCAAGACGGACUUCCAAUCCGUAUUCCACCAUCGGUUCACUGGAGGAAGAUAUCAUCGUAGCUCUGGAGGUUUUGACCUUGAAAGAUCCGCCUCAACCUGGUCGGUCUUGGCCAGGUGUGCCUAUCCUGAAUCUUAUGGAAGCCCUGCCCGGAGCAGAGGAAUCCGAAUUCAUGAAAGCUCUUCAAGCUCUGAUCAUGAGCGGGUAUAUUUUUCGGCCCCUACUGAAUUCGCACUGCGCUUUAACUUGAGUGCGGGUCAAGAAACACGCGCAACUCGCCGGAUGUGUAACCGUGUAUUAGUAAUCAAUAUUCCGCGUUCUCCCACUUUCCAUUGGAAGAUAUUUUGGUACAACAUCAUGGCCUGUUGUUCUCUACACCGACCAUGAGCACAGAGAAUAAGCUUCCAGAGUGCUGGGGUCAUCGCGGCGCGUCCGCCCGCUUCCCAGAGAAUACGCUUGCCUCAUUCGAGGGAGCUAUCAGGGACGGAGUCGAAGGCAUCGAAAGCGACGUGCAUGUCUCGAAAGACGAUGUCAUUGUUAUGUUCCACGACCCCAGCUUGGAUCGCACGACGAACUACAAGGGCAAAAUCUCCGAAACGAACUGGUGGGGACCGGAUGGCAUGGAACAUGCCCGCACGAAGAAAGAGCCCGCGCAGUCGAUCCCAACAUUCGUGGAGACACUCGCACUGCUGAUGAAGCCUGAACACCAGCACAUCAAGUUCGAUGUGGAUAUCAAACCGGGCAACGACCCAACCAAAUUGUUCACGCUCAUGCACGAGUCCAUUUCGGCCUAUCCUGGCUGGGAAACAUUGCUCGCCCCGAGAAUCGUGCUGGGCCUCUGGCACCCGAAGUUCAUCCAGCCCGCCAAGGAGAUCCUGCCGUACUGCCGGAGAUCGUGCAUUGCGUUCAGUGUGUGGAUCGCGCGGCAGUACUUCUGGAGCGACGUCGACUCCUUCAGCAUCUGGUUCAACGCGCUGGCCACUUGGGAAGGAAAGCGGUUCCGCGACGAGAUAAAGGCGGCGGGGAAACACCUUUUCGUAUUCACGGUCAACUCACCCGAAUAUAUGAUGGAGGUGGCCAGCUGGGACGUAGAUGUGAUCAUCACCGACAUACCCUCUCGCUGGCUAGCUCUGCGAUCGAGUCUGCAAA